ACAGCAACAUGGAAUGAGCAGUGCUUGAUUCAGUCACUUCUGACCAGUGGAGCUCCUUUAUACAGAUUUCAUCCUUGUCGUAUUUUAACAACUUCCAGGAGCUUGUUGCACUUGGCAUUUGUCUUACAUGAUCUUCCCUGAGGACAGACUCUGGGUGUACAUUGCUAUGUGUGGUAUUUAAGGCAGUAUUCAACUGAGGCUUAUUUAUCAAGUGAAACACUAGUUUCGGCUCUAUGAAUUUAGUUUCAUUCUUUCAUAGCUUUAUGUGAGGUGGCUCACUUGCUGCAUGGAUAAAAUUCAACCUUGAUGUAAGCCUGUUGUGUGAGAAGAGCUGUCCAUCAUUAGCUCUGCGAUAAUCUCACAGGUGUCUUGUCACAAGAGGGAUCAAAUGGACACACUAUCUUUGAGUCAUUGUGCUUUGGGAAGCAAGAUAAACUGCCAUGCAGCAGGUCUUAGACAACCUUACUGAUCUGCCGACAUCGACAGGCGCUGAAGAAAUAGACCUGAUUUUUCUUAAAGGAAUUAUGGAAAACCCUAUCGUAAGAUCACUUGCUAAGGCUCACGAGCGACUGGAGGAUUCCAAACUUGAGGCUGUCAGUGACAACAACCUGGAGCUGGUGAAUGAAAUUCUUGAAGACAUCAGUCCCUUAGUAAAUAAGGAUGAAAAUGUUGCAGAAUUGGUUGGAAUUCUCAAGGAGCCUCAUUUUCAGUCACUUUUGGAAGCACAUGAUAUUGUGGCUUCAAAAUGUUACGAUUCCCCUCCUUCUAGCCCAGAAGUCAAUAAUUCUUCAGUGAACAACCAGGUUGUUCCAGUAGAUGCUAUUCGUAUCCUUGGAAUUCACAAAAGAGCGGGGGAGCCACUGGGAGUCACAUUUAGAGUUGAGAACAACGAUCUGGUAAUAGCCCGAAUUCUUCACGGAGGAAUGAUAGAUCGGCAAGGUCUUCUGCAUGUAGGUGACAUUAUUAAAGAGGUGAACGGCCACGAGGUUGGAAACAAUCCAAAAGAAUUGCAAGAGCUGCUGAAAAACAUCAGUGGAAGUGUCACUUUGAAAAUUCUCCCCAGCUACAGAGACACUGUCAUUCCUCAACAGGUUUUUGUGAAGUGUCAUUUUGAUUAUAAUCCAUAUAAUGACAACCUCAUCCCAUGCAAAGAAGCAGGUUUGAAAUUUUCUAAAGGAGAAAUUCUUCAGAUUGUAAACCGGGAAGAUCCGAACUGGUGGCAGGCUAGUCAUGUCAAAGAAGGAGGAAGUGCAGGUUUAAUUCCCAGCCAGUUCCUGGAAGAGAAGAGAAAGGCUUUUGUUAGGAGAGACUGGGACAACUCAGGGCCUUUCUGUGGAACAAUAAGCAGCAAAAAGAAGAAAAAGAUGAUGUAUCUCACUACAAGAAAUGCAGAAUUUGAUCGCCAUGAAAUCCAGAUAUAUGAGGAAGUAGCCAAAAUGCCUCCUUUUCAGAGGAAAACCCUGGUCUUGAUUGGGGCCCAAGGAGUGGGGCGAAGGAGUUUGAAGAACAGGUUUAUUGUGCUGAAUCCUACUAGAUUUGGAACUACAGUGCCAUUUACUUCACGAAAGCCAAGGGAUGAUGAAAAAGAUGGGCAAGCGUACAGAUUUGUGUCACGAGCCGAAAUGGAGACGGAUAUUAAAGCUGGCAGAUACUUAGAGCAUGGAGAAUAUGAAGGAAAUCUUUAUGGCACCAAAAUUGAUUCCAUCCUUGAAGUUGUUCAGACAGGAAGGACCUGCAUCUUGGACGUAAAUCCACAGGCCCUAAAAAUACUGAGGACUUCAGAAUUCAUGCCCUAUGUGGUGUUUAUUGCUGCUCCAGAGUUGGAGACUUUGCGAGCUAUGCACAAGGCUGUGGUAGAUGCUGGAAUUACAACCAAACUUCUCACUGACACUGAUCUGAAAAAAACAGUGGACGAGAGUGCCCGGAUCCAGCGAGCCUACAACCACUACUUUGAUCUGACCAUUGUAAAUGACAACCUGGACAAAGCCUUUGAGAAGCUGCAGACAGCCAUCGAGAGACUGAGGCUGGAGCCACAGUGGGUCCCCAUCAGCUGGGUCUACUGAGCUGUUCCAAUGGGAGCUUAAGUAACAAAUAAAGUCAACAGCAGCAAAUGUGACGUGUAGAUACUGAUGAUAACCUACAGCACCUGUGCAUUUUUACUCUGUGUAUAUUCAAAAGUACACUGUUCUGAAUUUUUAUAAAAAUGUUGAAGAGAAAGUGUACUUAAAUAUGUAAUUUAUUUUAAUUUUUCUAACUUUUUACAGAUAACCUUUCUAUUCAUAUCACAUGAAGGAAAUGCGUUUAAGCAUUUUUCUAUGUUUUGAUUUAGUACCUUUGCCUUUUUCAUCUAAGAAACUUUCAUUCACUUCAACAUUUACAUCUUGGUCUUACAUUUUCACUGUGAUUAAAAAAGGAUACUUGAAACAAUUUUUGUAAAAUUUGUUAAUGUCAGUGUUUAACUGAUUAAAAGUCUAUAGCUCUUAUUAGGAAAGAACACUAAUUUCUUUGGUUUUUUUUUCUUCUUUAAAAAAAUAAUACUUCCAUGGG